AUGGCCGUAUCCCACCACACGCCGCUAGUCUCCACGGCAAGCGCCCUUGCCAGUCCGCGGCUGUCGUAUCCGUCAGCCGUCUCCCGCCUCUCCUCCGCGCACGCUUCGUCGUUGCCCAUCGCUACCUCGAUUUCCGCUCCUCUCCGCAUCUCCGCUUCCCAUGGCACCGCCACUGCCCCAAUUCCCUUAUCCCGCCGAGUCGCCCACCCCGCCGCCACGGCGGCGAGAGGACCCCUGCGCUGCGCGCGUCGCCGCCUGGCAGUUGCCGUGCGAUCAGCGAAAGGGGACGCCGCCGGGCGGGACCAAGGCCUUCGCCGAUCCCUCACCCGUGUGGUCUUCUCCCCGUUCCCCGCCCUCCGCCACGCAUUCCCCCGCUCACCUCGUCCUCCGCCACUCACUCCCCCCUCCCCGUCCUCCCACGCGCGCAUCCCCCCUCCCCUCUCCGCCGCGCAUCCCCCUCCCCCAUCCUCCCACGCGCGCACCCCCCUCUCCCCGUCCUCCCACGCGCAUUCCCCCCUUCCCCCACCGCCAGGCGGCGCUGGGCGUGCUGCUUGUUGA